UCUCCAAGCUCCACCUCCUCGCCGGUGAUUGGCCGCCUGUGUGCCUCUCCUGAGCUACAGUUCCGGUGGCCAAUCAGCGGCGAGGAGGCGGCGGAGCUGCUGAGCGAUCCCGGAGGUGGGCCAGGUGACAGCAGCAGAGAGGAAUAGUGCCCCAUGAUUGGUGUCAGUGGGAGUAAUAGUGCCCCACACUUGGUGUCAGUGGGAGGAAUAGUACCCCAUGAUUGGUGCUAGUGGGAGGAAUAGUGCCCCAUGCUUGGUGUCAGUGGGAGGAAUAGUGCCCCAUCAUUGGUGUCUGUGGAAG